AUGCCACAUUUUCAUUACAAUGCACACUCACCCCUGACCCUGAGUUUUAGCUUGAGCAAACUUUUCGAGACCAGACUAAGAGAGUUUUCUCACUGCAAGAGCUUGCCUUCUGAAGUUGCUACUUUAGCUUCUUCAAAAUCAAAAGUGAUUUAUUUGAGUGGGACUAGGAUUAAAGCUGGUCGUUUGGGUGUUUGCUUAGGAUGGUGGCAGAGUUGUUUGUUGAGGAUUGGGACCUCUUGGAAAUUCGGUUAUUAUGCUGAGUAA